AGCGUCCUGCAACUCGCCUCCUACCGCAGGUUUGUCAUGUUGUUUGUGGAUGAUUUGGGGCACAUCUCUCAGUGGAGCUCAAUCAUGGCAGGUAGCCUUGCUGGCAUGGUGGCAGCUGUUGCAACUUAUCCAACUGAGGUCAUAAAGACACGGCUCAUUGUGCAGAACCGAUUGAAGCCAUCCUACAAGGGAAUUCUUCAUGCUCUGUACCUGAUUUACCAUCAGGAGGGAGUUGUUGCACUUUAUCGUGGAGUUUCUUUGUCUGUAUUAGGAGCUAUCCCAUUUUCCGCUGGCUCCUUCCUUGUUUACACCCAUCUGGAUAAAAUCUGGGGUGAGCCCAGCCUCCACUUCACUCCAUUACAGAAUUUCAUCAACGGUUGCUUGGCAGCUGGUGUUGCACAGACUCUUUCUUUCCCCUUUGAAACGGUCAAGAGGAAAAUGCAGGCCCAGAGUCCUUGCCUUCCCAACUAUGGAGGUGUAGACAUCCAUUUUGCUGGCUUGGUAGACUGUUUUAAGCAGACGGUGAAGACUAAGGGAGUCCUUGCCCUUUGGAAUGGGCUUACGGCUAACUUGCUCAGGGUUGUCCCUUAUUUUGGGGUCAUGUUUAGCACCUUUGAGUUCUGUAAGCGGGUCUGCCUGUAUCAAAAUGGCUACAUUGAUUCACCUUUAAGCUACAAGCUAACACCAGGAGUAGACCAGAGUUUACAUCCCCGAGAGCUGCAAGAAUUAAAACUUCUUGGAAGAAAAAAUGUUUAAGUCCAGAAAAGCAUUCUCCUGAGACUUUGGAUGUUGCAAAAUGGAUAUUGUGGUUUAUGACCAGUCUUUAGUGGGGAGUUGAAAUGAAGACACUAGCUUAAAACCUCGUUUAUAAAACCAGGCUUUCACAACUGGUGAUCCUCUAAUCUAGAUGCUGCUCAAACAGCCACGAAUUGUGGCCUGCCAAGAGCUGGGCUCACCUCCCCAUUUUAUAGUCCCAGCUAGAAAGCUAAAAUGGAAGGAUUAUGAAGCCUGUAAUGGGCCACCAUAUGUGGAUGUUGGCCUGUGUUCAGCUGAGUGUGACACAGAGUAUGCAGACGGUUUUCUAAACAGAUGGUGUGUGCCUGUUGUCACAAGAGGUCUACAAACAGUGCAUCAGUCUUAUCUGGAAAAAAAGCCCAAACUAAACACUUUUUCUGGAAACACUGGAACUGGAAAUCAAGUAUGGACUGCCUUGCCUUGAAAUAUAAAACUUGUUAUUUAAAAAUAAAAGCACACACAAAGGAUAACAAAAACCCCACAAACCCUGAAAAUGUGUUUGAAACUUCCGAUCACCAAGAACAUAAUGUCCAAAAUAAAAACAGGUUUCAAAGUGUUGAUUUUAAAGGCUGAAUGAGGUAUUUUUGUUUGUUUGUUUGAAGCUGGGGGGAAACCGGCAAAGAACAUGGUAACUGGAAAAUUUGUGGGCAUAUUCUGCCAUAGAUCUGAAGCACAUGGUAGGCUACCCCCAGGAAGGAGGGAGGGCCCCUUAAAAACAUCAGAACUCACUACACCUAGACAACCAGCACAGGAAGAAGGCCGUUAGAAUCCUCCAUGAGAAGCUAGCUUUCUACAGAUGGGGAGUUUAUCAGGUAGGAAGGAAGUUAAUUAUGCAAUUUCAGCCAGGCUGUACCUUGUGA